CAAGUACUGAACAACCUUGACGACUCGAACCCGUGGCAGGACAUCGCUGGUUGAACCACGAUCAUGUCCAGAUCAUGGCUGAUUACACUUACAGGAAGCCAUUGCUCCUCGCAUUGGCCGGCGCUACAGUUCUGUCGGUAGCUUUUUAUGCAUAUACCUACAACUCCAACCCACGCCUCGAACCGACCCAGUCGCAGACCCUACAUCGCAGCAACGCCGUCCGUCGACCCCGACACCGACGUCGCUGGCGUGCCGGUUUUGCACCCAGACCCCUCCACCACGAUCCCGCCCAACGGGCUGUUGAUGACCUAGGACGCCGCAAUCAACUCGGUGAAGGCUAUGGAGAGUAUCGCAAUAGCUGGUUCUUCUCAGAAACCUCGGAGAAUGAAGGGAUCAAUUUGGUUUUGCUGCCAUGCAAUCUACAAACUAUCCAAGAGUAUCUGGUGCAACAUUCCCCCGAGCCUCUAUCAUCAUACCAACAAGGCUGCCUGAGACUGCAUGUCCACGGCAUCUUCACCCAAAACUUUCUCCGCGAAGAAUUUCCAGAAGGAUACAUCAUAGGAGAAGAUGCCUACAUUGUCGCACAGAGCCUCGAGCUCCUGGGAGUGAAUGAAGAAAUCGUUCAUGAGGUCGUCAAGGCUUUCGACGCGGGGAAAUUUCAGCUGGCGGAGGAUUGGAAUCCACUGGAGGCACCACCAAACGGCCCAAACUAUGACACGGUGCAAUCUGAGGAGCCAACCGAGGACAUGGCCCCACGCGAUGCUCUGCAGGCGCUACGGAAUCCAGCGGGAGACGACGAUAUGGAUAGUGAAGUUUCGUUUGGCAACAACGAUGACGAUGCCGAGGGCAGUCAAAAUAUGCUGGACCUGCUAUAUCAUAUUGCCGGAGAGCAGGCACGGAGAGAGGGCUACAUCCACCGCGGUGUCGAGUGCAACAACUGCGGCACGCACCCCAUACAAGGCAUCCGUUACCAUUGUGCGAACUGCUUCGACUUCGACCUGUGCGAAAGCUGCGAGGCUGGCUCUGCCCAUACCAGCAGCCAUGUCUUCUUCAAGAUACGUAUCCCCGCGCCAUCGAGGGGAGACAUCAAGCAGGUGAUGCCAUCUUGGUAUCCAGGAGAUCCCAAUGCGUUUCCCACUUCUCUUCCCAAGAACGUCUCCAAGCCCCUUUUGGAGCAGACGAAGAUGGAUCGUACGGAGAUGGAUGCACUCUACGAGCAGUUCAAAUGCCUCGCGGGACGCUUCUGGCCUGCCGACCCAACUGGUCUGGGAUAUGCAAUCGACCGGAAAGGCUUUGAUUCGUAUUUCAUUCCUUCUUCUGCUGAUAGACCGUCCGCCGCGAAUCUCAUCUACGAUCGCAUCUUUGCAUUCUACGAUACUGACCACAAUGAACUCAUCGGGUUCGAGGAAUACAUACAAGGCCUGGCUCGUCUCCAGAAGAAGUCACGCUACGCCAGAUUGGAACGUAUCUUCGAGGGUUACGACCUUGAUGCAGACGGCUACGUGGACAGAAAAGAUUUUCUCCGCAUGUUUCGUGCAUAUUACGCCCUGAGUAAAGAGCUGAGUCGCGAAAUGUUUAACGCACAAAAGGACUAUGGUCUCAACGAAGAGGAAGAGCACGAGGUCGUUCACGGUAGCCGCCCAAUCAGUGCUGCUUUCGGUGGUAGUACGCUCAAUGGUCACGCUUCGAGAGCGGGGCAGGACAAGGAGCAAAGACCUACUGGAGAUCUUGAGUUGUCCAACGGGCCCAGUGGUGUUCUUCAGCUUGAGACUGGGAUGCAAGGGGAUCGUCUCCGUGCCAUCGGAAACCUGGCCAUCGGCAAUAGGACACGAGGUCACCCCUUUAGGUCAUUCAGGUCUAGCCAACCAGAAGACGAGCCUGUUAUGCUUCUGCCAGGUGACGAAAACUUCAUACGCUCUGGAAUGGAGGAUGUGGACGAGAACUCGGAAGCAGAAUUCAGUGGCCCGGACCCGCCUUUACAGACUUACGGUUGGCCACCUCCCUUGACGCCAACCGCAGAAGAUGUCGCCGUAGCAUUGGGACGCGAAGUAGCCCUGGAGGAGAUCACCGAUUCUCUGGACAGGACAAGAGUGCUCUAUGCUCAAUCUGAACGUCUCGAUAACCAAGCCGACCGUGCGGAACAAUCUAUACGCACAAAAGCGAUUCAGGAUCGAUGGCGACGCAGGCAGUUUUACCUAGAUGAGGAAGAAGGAAUGACAAAGCCUCAUGGAUACACCGAACCAGACAGCUCUGAUGAUGAAGGUCUGCCGUCGGCCCUGAAGAAAAGCAGCGGUGAAGGCUCGACAAGUCCCAGAAGGCAGUCUGUACGAUCUCGGUCGUCUUCCAAGGUGCGCUUCGAUGAUAGUGCCAUCGAUACAGAUUACGAAACACGAUCGAACGCCUCCUCCAGGAGCAUCCCCGUCAAUGAGCGAUGGGGCAGUUAUGAGCUUGGGCAAGCGGAAGCUGAUAUUGGUAAAGAUAUCCUUUAUCAAGCUGUACAACAGGGGUUCAAUGAGCUACUAGAUCCCCUCUUCAAGGAGAAAGAAGACCAAUGGUUGGAAGCUUGCCAUACAAGACUGAAUCGCCAUGCGUUCGCGAAGGAGAGGUACGAGUACAAGAAGACCCUCGAAGCCGCUGCAGAUGAACGACUGGAUGAAGCACUGCAAGAGGCUGAUCGACUCCGAACUGAAGAGCUGUUCAAAGACGCAUCUGCGACGAAAGCUGAUGAGAUCACAAAUGACACAGCAAGACCUGCCUCGAGUGUGAUCCCCGAAAUCCGCACCACUGCUGUCCACGAUCCCGACGAUCAUAUAGAGUUGAUGUUUGGGAAUCGUUUACCGAAACAAAACAACGUGCCAAAUGGAUCGGAUCAGGAGUCGCGCUCGGAACUGUCCUAUCAUGACCCGACUCUCCCACAAUUUCGCCCGAGUUCCGAAUUCCCGCAGUCGUCUCCCGUCCCAGAGUCAGAACCCAAUCCUUUCGCUGGCGAUCCUGUCCGAGCAAGGGCACUGUACGACCUCUGGUGCCAUCAUGACGAGAUUGAUGCCGAAGCAGAAGAGCGAGGCGGCCCAGCAAAACUCAGCUUUGAAGAACUGCGACGGAGAAUGGUUCCUGAAGAUGCGAUUAGCAAGGCACUGGGCAUCAAAGGCAAGACCAUAGAUGACGAUGAGCCAGAAGGAUGGGAAAGUAGUGCUGAUCUUGGAAAGUUGGCAUUCAUCGGCACAUGGUUGGAAAUGGCGAGCUUCUAGGCGAAGCCAUUGCCGCAAAUUGUGGAGGCGGAUGAAGGUUGGCUUUGGGAAGGCCCUGCCGCGCCAAUGCAAGUAAUGGGGCUCGUUUGAAACCCGGGGGUUCGGUACAGGCACUGCCUUCGGGUCGGCGUGGGUCGAGAAGUACAAGCAUGUUACUGUAUCAAUUUACGAGGUCAUGACAAUAAAAGCGAUACCCUUGGCAAGAAUGCGAUGUUGCAUCAGGCGACGGCAAGGGAAUAUUGAUUCAUCAUUAUGUAUAUCAGCUUGGGGGGCAAUGGGUGGAAUAUGGUGUUGUAUCACUACUGGAAGCUGGUUGCUUCCAUUAAUGCGAUAGGCAGAUCCAUCUCCGAAAACUGUCAUUGUUAUCUCGUUCUUUGUAGAUUCUGC